CACCUAUUAUAUGAAAAAAGGGACCAAACUAAUCCUUGAAUGCCCUCGAGGAGUCGAGAAAGUGACAAGAGACACUAGUCUAACUCUAACAUAGCUAUUGGUCCAUUGCGUUACAUUACUGCUCCCCACUUCACUCGUGGUGGUGUGUGUCCGAAACUUGGAAGUGUAGAGCCAUGAGCGGCGAACCGAAGAGAGAAGAUCCACUGGCCAAAGCCACCACAGCAGCCGAUGAUCUCUACCAUCUCCGAGAUACGUACUUUCCCCCAAAUCCAGAUGACAAAAUCUCUAAGCUUCAGCUUCACUCCGAUCUCGCUCUCAACCUUCUCGAUUCUAUCCCUUCUGAAGAAAGAAAACUUCCUAGUCAACGAGCAACAUAUGAGUAUUUGAAGGGAAAGAUACUAGAUGUAUUUUCUGACUAUAGUAAAGAAGCAGAGGACCAUCUCUCAAAAGCUGUUAAGUUGAAUCCAUCGCUUGCAGAUGCUUGGCUGUGUUUAGGUAAUUGUAUUUGGAAGAAGGGAGAUUUAUCUGCAGCAAAGAAUUGUUUUACUCUUGCAUUGAGCAAGGGUCCUAACAAAAAGAUCCUUUGUCAAUUGUCGAUGCUUGAUAGAAAAAUGGCUCAAGGUAGUGAGAAUCAGGAAGAACUUGUAGAGGAAAGCAUUCAACAUGCCAAGGCUGCUAUAUCUUUAGAUGUUAAGGAUGGAAAUUCUUGGUAUAAUCUCGGAAAUGCAUAUUUUACUAGUUUUGUCAUGACUGGUGCUUGGGAUUACAGCAAACUUCGGCAGUCUUUAAAGGCAUACCAAAAUGCUGAGAAGGAUGAAAGAAUGGAGUCCAAUCCAGACUUAUAUUUUAACUGUGCCACUGUACACAAAUAUCUGGAGAACUAUGAGAGGGCCCUCACUGGCUUUGAAGCUGCUGCUUUGAAGGAUCCUGGUCUCAAGGCUGCCGAGGAGGUUCAGCAGAUUGUUAAUCUUCUCGAUAAGAUAGAUAAUAUGUUGGGAUAUGCUAGAGCUAAAAGACUUGCUUCUAUUGCAGCAUCUCUGACUACCGUUAUUAUAAAUUCCUCUUAUAAAAGAGGUACUAUAGAUCUUCUUCUGGAAGGUCUUAACAAAGAAGUAGCACUAGUGGGAAAAGUGCUAUUCUUCAUCAAACACGAGCAUGCUUCUCCCUCCAGGUACUAUGUGAUUUGUGACUCGAACAAGACAUGCUUUAUUCUAUCAGUGUAUGGUCUACGAAAUGAUGCGAUCAAAGAAGGAGAUCAGGUUGUGCUAUUACAACCCUUUUACCGUCACACCGAUUUUUCUUGGAGAGGGAAGUCUUACCAGUUCAAAUCAAUUCGUGUGGAUUUCUUGGAACAAAUUGUUGUGAAUGGAAAGGCUCUGUCUCCCCAACAAGCUGUGCAUACCUCGAUUAUUGCUCAACAUAAACCAUAAGUUGUUGUAUCGGGUGGAUGUUGAAUUUUCAAGAUAUUUGUUUUUCUUUCUUCUAUAGACUUGUCAUUUUUUAAAUAGGAAAUUCAGGUUGCAGGAAAAGGUGUAUUUUGGCACAAGUUUAGUGAUUAGAAGAAGCCAGCAGUUGUGGAAAGGAAAACGGUACAUUCAAUGGAGUUUGUUAAUGUUUGAUUAAAUUUUGUAAGCUGUGCUUCUUUGGGAUUCUUAUAUGAUUUUUCUAAAAAAACAAAAAAGAAGAAGAAGAAAGAACAUUCUUUGUGGAGGAUCCGUUGUUUGAGCUUCUUGAAUAAAGGAAUUAUUAUCAAGGAAAAUUUGAUAUUUAUGUAUAUUUUCACUUACAAACUAUAUUUAGAUGUAAACAUAACAGGUAUGUUAACUUCUGCACUACCCUGCAUGGACAGGUAAGAUGCUUGAAAAUAGUAUAUGAUAUAUUUAAAUAUAUAUUCCUCUUACGUUCAAGGAAGAAGGAAAAAAAUUCUAUGUACUGGUCCCAAUACCCAUGCAACCCAAUAUUUAUUCAAUGGUCUAAUGGUAAUGCUGAUACAGUUCAUUUAACCAUUGUGAUCAAGAUUAUAGCACAAUUAUUUCAUUGCUUGCAGUCUCAUUCAGAGUUGUGUAAUCUCUUGCAAUUUCAGUGAGCUAAUUACCAGCCAGUCAACACUGAAUACCAGAACCCAAAUCUAUUAUCACCUACCAAACAAACAAAUACUACACUACCCAGAGACGUGAGAAGGGUUUAUCCUAAAAGUAUAUGCUUUUGGCACUUGACGAAUAUACCAAGAAUAUACUCGUUUAAAUUUAAUCAUAUUAUUAAAGAGACAGACCCGUAUUGUAUUAGUAAAGCUUUUAUUUUUUAGCUGAAAAUUGGUCCAUAUAUACUUGUAUUGGCUUGUUUUUUGUUAUUAGCUGUUUCUUCACAUAUAUCAUAUUGGCUGUUGCAGGCAUGGCAUGGUGAUGGAUAUGUUUGUUGAUGGUCAUGUAACUUAAAGUGUAACAUCAUCAACAUACUACUUAACAUGUACACUUUAUGGUUAGAUGACCAUCAACAAACACUUUCAUGAUACAUAUGAUGCAAUAACAACAAUAUCUUCCCAACUCUUCCUUUAAUUACCAUAUAUCAUUGGGUCUUCCUCUCUUUUAAUUUGUAGUAUUCUACACUUUUUUACUUUACUCAUAAUUACUUUUUUGGUUCAAUUAUAUUUUCACUUAUUCAUUGAUUUCGUGUGAUAUGUCCUCAUUCUUUGAACUUUCUCAUUUUAAGUUGCAAAAGCAUGGUAAGAACAAGACAGAUCUGUUCAAGAAUGUAAAUAUUGAGGAAUCUAACUUUUGUUUUUGGCAGUUUAUGUUUUCGAAUAUUUUAUUGUUUUUUAUUUGUCUUUAAUGGCUGUGAUAAACUCUCGUGACUCUUCGAUAAAAAGGCUGAGCUGUGUUACAGUUUGGAAAUUCGGUAGAUUAUCACAACUUUUCUAGACUUCUUGAUUUGAAAUGUUGAUUGAAUAUUGUAUUGUAUGUCCUGUUUAAUUGAAUUUCAUUUCCGGAUGAAAUAUAAUAUUACGCCAGAAAUGAUAAAUAUAUAGAGAAGAAACUAAAGCAAAGUAGGACAUAAUCAAUGUAGAGAGAGGAAACUACGACUAUGUUUAACCAAUUUAACAGUUUGGUUUGGAAAAAACUCGAAUCAUUCAAGUAUUUCAUAUAAAUUAGUACACGAUAAAAGAAUAUAUUUGUCCCUUAUUUUUUUACAAAUCUAGAAUACAUCCCCAUAUUGGUUUGAUGUAGUGUGAUAUCUAAUGAUUAAAAACAGUUCUAUCCAUUCCAUCAAACCCAAUAAUGAAUUGCAUAUCUAAAUGAUUUAUGGUGCACAGCCUACACAGGAGAAGAUGAAGGUGCGGUGACUUCUAAAGCGGACCAACCUAGCACCACUAGGAGGAGGCGACGUUGCCGUGGCGCCACGGCCAAGGCCAGCUACCGAGUUAUGGCGCCGCAGCUUGGAGUUGUAGCGAUCAGUACUACUGAGAUCUGAUGAGAUGUUGUCGUUGUAAUUGCUCUGAGCUGAACCAGACGAUAGAUGCUCGUAUUGCCUCCUUGUCUUGUUCUUCUUCAUUGACUUGUAAACCAUUGGCAACAACCCCUCCAUUGUAUAUUCUUAUUUAUGCCUUAAUUUCUUCUGUUAUAGUAGUAGUUUUUGAGAGGUUUUUUUUUUCGAUGAAAAUUAGAAU